AUAUUUCAAACCGGUUAUCCAUUAUUGAUUGAAGAAGUAAAGAGAUCCAUCGGAGAAGAAGAAGACUGAGAAACAAUGACUUCGAGGUACUGGGUGGUGUCUCUGCCAGUGAAGGAGGACUCUUCUUCCACCACCUUGUGGAAUCGUCUUCAAGAGCAGAUCUCCAAGCAUUCCUUCGACACUCCGGUUUAUCGGUUCAACAUUCCUAAUCUUCGUGUUGGAACCUUAGAUUCUCUACUCGCUCUCGGCGAUGAUCUGCUCAAGUCGAACAGCUUCGUGGAGGGAGUUUCUCAGAAGAUAAGGAGACAGAUCGAGGAGCUGGAGAGGAUCUCUGGUGUUGAGAGCAAUGCCCUUACAGUUGAUGGAGUUCCUGUUGAUUCUUAUCUCACCAGGUUUGUAUGGGAUGAAGCUAAGUACCCAACAAUGUCACCUCUCAAGGAGGUUGUUGACAGUAUUCAGUCUCAGGUUGCCAAGAUUGAGGAUGAUCUCAAGGUUCGUGUAGCUGAAUAUAACAACGUCCGCGGUCAACUCAAUGCCAUUAACCGAAAGCAAAGUGGAAGCUUAGCUGUUCGUGACCUAUCAAACUUGGUUAAGCCAGAAGAUGUUGUCACGUCUGAACAUCUACUGACUCUUCUUGCAGUUGUUCCAAAGUAUUCUCAAAAGGACUGGUUAGCAUGCUACGAGACAUUGACCGACUUUGUGGUUCCCAGGUCCUCGAAGAAAUUGUUUGAGGAUAAUGAGUAUGCUCUUUACACCGUCACUCUUUUUACUCGUGUUGCAGACAAUUACAGGACAAGUGCCCGCGAGAAAGGGUUCCAAAUUCGUGACUUUGAACACAGCGUUGAAGCACAAGAGACUCGCAAACAAGAGCUUGAAAAGUUGGUUCAGGAUCAGGAAAGCUUGAGAAGCUCUCUUUUGCAGUGGUGCUACACCAGUUACGGAGAGGUUUUCAGCUCCUGGAUGCAUUUCUGUGCUGUGCGUAUAUUUGCUGAGAGCAUUAUGCGAUAUGGUUUACCUCCGGCUUUCUUGGCAUGUGUCUUGUCUCCGGCUGUAAAAAGUGAAAAGAAAGUCCGCUCCAUUCUUGAACGCUUGUGUGAUUCUACCAACAGUGGAUACUGGAAAAGCGAGGAGGAUGCAGGAGCCAUGGCUGGUUUAGCCGGUGACUCCGAGACGCAUCCUUAUGUCUCCUUCACGAUCAACCUUGCUUAAAGUUGAUGAGAGAUGGCUUGAUGCUUCUUCUACGUUUAUGCCUUCAUCUGUUAUAUUUGUUUGUGUUCUAUAUAUUUCAUUGUUAUUAUAUUUUGAUUUUUUUUUGUUUCAAAAUAAAAGAAGGGAAAUGAAGGUGGCACUCAAGAGAGAGAUGUUACUGUAAUAUUAUUUUGGCCGGAGUCUUGUUAGAUUCCGAUGAGUUUCUGAUACUUGUGGACGAGCAGAGGUUAUACAGUUGUUAAAGCCUUUCGUCAUUUUGUCACUUUGUUGCAUUAUUAAGCUGUUUCGUUGUUGUCUCCU